GUUUCACUUGGUUGUGGCUCGUUGCCACUGACAGUAGAGCCUCACAGCUGUAUGAAAUAUAAUAUCACGUCUUUCAAACACAUUUUUUCCUGGUUUCUAGUUUCAGAGUGAAUCUGUUUUUUUUUUAUAAACCUAAACAUCAUCAGAUCUUCACAGAAGUUGGAUUUUUAAAUGUUUUCAGUCACUGUGGUGAGAAUCCGCUGAUGUCUCAGCCAUGGUGGUAAUGCUGGAGCUUUAGAUGCUGCGUCCACACUGGACGGGAUUUGCUCUGAUGUUUGAUGACUUCAAGAGACGAAGAGAAAAAUAACCAGCGCCGAUGCGAAAUGGUCCCGACUUUUCUCACCUUGGAGGUGUGCAGUGACUGUGAGCGCCAGGGCAGGAUACGACGGCUGACACAUGACCUGCUUUUAGAGGAUUACCGAGACAACCAAAGGAUGACAUGUGUGCAAGUAGCUGCCAUCUGCUGCAAAGCCACCUUUGACUUUGCAGCUUUAUAUAAGUUUUUUCAGUGGUCAUCGAGAUAUAAGCAAACUGAAUGCACAAAACAAAAACAAAGAGCUUGUAUCUGUGCCCCAAAAUAAGGUCGUUAAAACCCUUUUUCCUGUGCAAGUUUCCAUCACUGUAAUUACUACUGCUGAAUUCACCCACAGAUUUCAGUUCCCCGUGCUAGCUCUCAUCAUGUUUCUGCUUUAGCUUCUACUAAGACAGGCCUUUGCACAAAUAAACAACCACUGCUACCCUUCACAGAAGUCUGGACUGAGGGAGGUGACUGCAUUAGUUAGUAUUUAAUCCUUUAACAGCCUCAUGUUCAGUCAUUAAACAACAAUGUGUGCACAGCACUGCUGUACAUCGUGCUGCUGUAUGAACAUGCAUGAAAACAUCAUAAAACACUGAAAUGUGAUGCAUUAGAAAAGAAGUGUGAUGUGAAAACCUUUAUUCCGUAGAUAUAAACUGAACUAAGCAGGAAAACUGUCUGAAGAUUAUUCCAAGCUUUUUAUCUGAACCCACAACAUCCUGUGUGAGUGACACAUCCAUCAGAGGAAGCAGGAAUGUUAGCAGAGGGAAAAUCAGUCCGUUAUUACAGUCGGGAAAAUCCAGAACCGGAAAGAAUGAUCAUCGGAUCUUUUCAUCAACCACAUUGCAGCAAGUACGGUAUAAUGAUCCCAGUCUGGACUGGGCACAGGGUGUGAACCAUUCAUCAAGGAAGAGACGUCUCGAUUAGACAGCAAAGCCAUCACAGAGCUAACAGCAGCCUGUGCAAGAAGGACACGCAGGCUCUGACACACUGUGACGAGUGGGCUUCACUUACAUAACUCUUUCUUACAUUUAAGAAUAAUAAUAUCUGGUCACGUUAAUAAAGAAAUGUGAGUUAUUAGCUUUUGAAGUUGAAAUGAACACGGUGCCCCGUUAGCUGAGAAACCAUCGUCUGUGUCAGUCUGGUUGUUUCUGAGCUUUCGGGGCUUCUUUGACUCAAACACGUUUCAUCAUUUGCUGGUGCUUGUUGGUGUCUUUAAGGAUGAGGUGGACAGUCAAAACCCAGUGUUGAGAGACAACCCUCAGCUUCACGAAGAAGUGAAAGGCUGGCUCAAAGACCAGAAGGUGCAGGAAAUUUUUAUGCAAGGUCCCUACUCAUUAAAUGGCUACCGUGUGCGUGUGUACAGACAAGACUCGGCCACCCAGUGGUUCACUGGUAUCAUUACACAUCACGACCUCUUCAGUCGAAACAUGGUCGUUAUGAAUGACCAGGUGCUAGAGCCUCAGAACGUGGAUCCAUCCAUGGUCCAGAUGACCUUUCUGGAUGACGUUGUUCACUCUUUGCUGAAAGGGGAAAACAUCGGCAUUACCUCCAGACGCAGGUCGCGAUCCAGUCAGAACAACAACGCUGCCCACAUGGCGGGAGGGAGACCCGGCGGGACCACUGGCAGCACUCAGAGUCAUUACACACGAGCCCAGGCUAACAGCCCUCGCCCCAUCAUGACAUCAAUAGGCCCCAACUCUAAAGGCUCACAGGGCACGCUGGCUUCCCAACAACUGAGCCAAUCGCAGCAGAGUCAGCAACCAGCCAGCCAAUUGCACCACUCGCCCGGUGGCAGCGGGCGGGAGCAGAGAGAGCAGCGCAACCCUCGUUCUUCCAGGAGGAAGGGAUCAGAUAGCAGCGUUCCAGAGGAGGAAAAGGACCGACGAGAAGAGCCCGCAGGGCGAGAGCCCAAGUCCAAGCUGAAGCCGUCUGCGAACAAACGCAGGAAAGGUGACGAAGAGGAGAAGAAGGCGGGUCCAAAGAAGCCGAAGACCGACAUGACAUCCGAUCUGUCCGAGAGCAGCGACUCAGAAAAUCCUCACAAUAAGAGAGCCGCCCACUCCUCCUGCUCAUCUUCCUCCUCCACCUCCUCAUCUUCCUCCUCCUCCUCCUCUUCCUCCUCCUCAGAGCCCAACUCUGAGAACGAGCUAAAGACUCGCAGCGACGUGAAACCAAGUGCCAUUUCUAAAAUGGAGGAGGAUGAGAAGCCGCUUCUGCAGGGACCCAAGGCGAACGAUUCCUCGUCUGUCAUUGGCCGCCUGUCUCCAUGGGCGGAGCUUCAAGCGACAGAGGAUGUCAAAAAGAGCGUCGUGAAGGAAACGAGCAAAAUGUUAUCAAAGGAAGACGAGGAACUGGUAGCCGUAACGCAGAUCACCCAGUCUCCACGGCAACAGACGCCGCUGAUGUCUGACGUUGUCCAGGGCGGCGUUCUGGAGAACAGCAAGAACACUGUGAAAGCGUCGUCUCGGUCCCAGACGCCGUCGCUGUCCCACCUCCACAGCGCCGGCGUGAUCGACAUCACAGAUGACGCCCAGGCCACCGUGCACCGCGAGAGCUCAGAGGCUGUGUCGGCGCUGCUCGCUUCUGAAAAGGCCGAGUCCACGGCCCUUUCGCCGUACCUCUCUCUCAACCCUUCGCCCGUCUCCUCGCCUCCUGUAGCGCCGUCUCCCUCGCCAUCAGAGGGAGGCCGCAGGACGGAGAUGGAACCUCCCGUGCAGCAUCAAGGCAUCUUGGGAGGCGGCGUUACGGCGACUAAGAGCAUAAGCAGCAGGAUGGAGUUUGCUUCCUCUGAGGUCAUCAGGCCCGUCACAUCUAUAGCUGAAAAUGUGUUGCUGGUGGAAAAGGAGAAAAAUGUCCUUCCUCACCAUCAUCUUCAUCAGCAGCAGCACCAUACACUACAGUCGUUCCACGCCGGCAUGAAGAGUCCCUCUUUAUCUGAAGAGACGAGAAAGCACCCUCAGCAGCAACCAGCCCCCCACAAGAUGAACACGGUGCUCCCCCUUGACAUAUCUAAAUCUCAGAUCAGCCCAAUCCCCGGCUCCGCCCACCUGGACUCCCUGAAGCAGAAACCCCGCCCCGACAGCUCUCAGAGCCCCUCCUACCCCAACGCAAGUCAAGCUGAUCUGGUCAAAGCUAAGAGCCACGCAGGCCUGGUGGACAUCUCUAAACCUAAACCCAACACCUCCCCCGAGGUGUCUAAACAUAAAAUACCGAGGUACUCGGAUACUUCCCCGCCUCCGCCGUCUCGUUUGCCAGUUAAAAUAGAGUUGGCAGAACCUCCGCGGUCUGGCUUCAAGCCCGUGCGGUUAGAGUCGGGCGCGGUCAGCGCGAGCAGCAACACAAAGAGCCCGCUGAUUAUCAAGAAGAAUGAGCCCUUCACUGUUUACAGAGACCCAGCUCUGGUUCGCUCCGACGCAGAGAACUCCGCCUCUGCAACAGUCUCAUCCAAUCACGUGGCAGCUUAUCUCCAUCCCCACCUGCACACGUUGCACUCCCCCCACUCGCCCUGCCUCACCCCUGCGUCACACCCCCACGCAGCUUCCCAUCUCCUUGCUCCUGCUCACACCUCCGCCCUGCCUCACCCACACCUUUUGCCUCCCACUGUGCUCCCAGCCAUGGCCCCUCCCGCAGCAUCUCUCCACCCUCGGCUCGACUCUCCGGGAGGCCUGGGUCACCUUGCUCUGCCCCACCAGCAGCAGUACCUACAGGGCCAGGGCCACCCGUCACCAUCGCUUCUAGCCCAGGCUCACAGCGGGGCUGCAGGACUCGGUCUGUACCCGAUCCUGUGGCAGUACCCCAACGGAACACCCACGUCCUACCCACCAGGGCUCAACCUGCCCCCCACGGCUAAGUGGGUCCACCCUGAAAAUCCUGUUACUGUGAACUCUGAGGCCUCUCUCAGGAGGAACACGGCCAGUCCAUGGCUCCAUAAGACUGCUGCUGCUGACAGUUUGGGAAUGCUGAGCCACGUUCCUGUCCGGCCAGCCAGCGCCGAUGCCCACCGCCCCCCUGUCAAGAUGGCCCACACGAGCCCUCCGCUGUCAAAGACCAGCAUGGAUCUUCAUAAAGAAGAUGUGGAUAAGAAAGGCUACGUGGAUCCCAUGAGGACAAUGACACUGGCACAGCUGAAACAGGAGCAGACGGACAGAAGUCGCACUCCGACAGGAAAAGACGUCCAUCUGCAACGCCUUUACCUGGAUCCCCACAGCAAGGCCCGCCUGACAAGUCCACAGGAGGCGCUCCAGGCGGCAGACCGAGCCUGCAAGUACAAAGAGGAAAACCGUCAAAUCCUGAAGGAGAGCAUUGAGGUCGCUCCCUUCACGGCUAAAAUCCAGCGCUCCAUCGACCCUGCGAUGGACAGAGAGAGAAGCAGAGAUUCGAGCUUUUGUGUUCGGAUGCCGGGUCUUCCCUCGCCAAGCCCCAAGACUAGCCACGCCCUCACUCAUCCCAUGCAGUCAGAAAAGAGCAACUAUUACACCACGCUGUCCAACAGUGUGGUGAAUGAGCCUCCCAGACUCUACCCCUCCAAAGACGUCGGUCCGUACUAUGACAAAGUGUCGAUCGGGGCCCCGGGGGUCGUGGCCGGCGUUGGGGCCGGCGUGCAAAGCCCAGGAGCUCUGUCGAUGAGCAGCUACCACACCAGCUCCAAAAACUCCCUCUCCAAGCCCCCGCCUCUCAUCAAGCACCAGCCGGAGGGAGGAGAAGGUUUGGCGGGGAAAAUCACGGAGCAGCUCAGUCAGCAGGUGACCCUCGUCCAGCCGCAGCAUCAGCUCCACGCCGCUGUGGACAGGAUAGACCGUCGCAGCCCCGCUAUUUCUCCUCCUUCCUCCACGUUGUCCUCUUCAUCGUCAGCCUCUAACCAACACCAUCACCAUCAUCACCUGCAGCAGCAGCAACAGCUCAGGGCAAUGCCAUCUCUCCACCGAGCACCUGUCUUCCAUCCACCCACACAGCACGCGCUGGAACGCAAAGAGGCUGCAGAGCGGGAACGAGCCGCGCACGGCGGACGCCUCUCGCCACCAACCCUCACGCCCAUUCAGCCGGUAACUGGUAGCAAAACAUCAGCAGAGCAGCAGAAGCCCCCGACGCUGCUGCCAGAGCUCAGGGACAUCAAAGGUCACGGGACUGCCGCCGCCAUCACCUUUGUGGCCUCUGCCACGCCCGGAGAGAUGGCGGCUCCAGAUGGGUGCAAAGGCAGAGACUUGAUCGAGGAACGAGGAGGGGUGUGCUCUGGAGAUAAGGGGUUCUCUAAAAAUAAGCCCCAGUCGGCAAUGGCGUCGGUCAUUGUGCGAUCGUCUAUAAAGUACGACAGUCCCGUUGGUGCUAAGAAAUCUGGUGCUCUUAUCCACAAAGAGCCCCCCCAGGGGAGGUUCUACACAUCCAAGUUUCAGGACGAAUGUCCACGACUGGGGGAGGGUUUAACAGAACCUGCAGCAGGGAGGGUCAUUCAGCCCAACUUGAACCUGGAGGAGAUCCGUUAUAAAAAGGCUCCAGGUGUGGGAGGACCUGUGGGAGCCGGUGCUACAAACGCUGUGUGCAGGACUGCCAUUUUAGUCUCCUCAGCCUUUGGCUCCCAGAGUAAAACCAGGAGCGCUACUCCUGAGCCAGUUUACUCGGCUCGAUGUGACUUCGCAGCACUCAAAACUGGCACUGGGGGUCGGGUGCUGUGCCAUAUAAGACCAGAGACAGAAAAGGAGCUGCAGGAGGGCUUUGGCUCGCACGCAUCUCCGGGGGUCUCUCUGAACCCUGCGAGUGUAGCAGGAGCGCCCCGCCCCAGCCCAAGCCUUACCCCAACACCUAGCUCAAUCUCUGGCUCGAGUCAGCCUUACGCCUCUUCGUUUAUCCACCUCAAGAAGCACAAAGCUGCUUUAGCUGCGGCGCAGUCCAGAAGCAACCUUCCUACUCCUCCCACGUCAGUCACAGCUGAAAAUUCUUCCUUAACUGUGGAUCUCACUGAGAAAACCCCAAUUUCCAGCUCCCCGCCUCCACCUGCUACCAGUCAGGCCUCCUCGGUCUCGUUCGACAGCAGCAGCAGUAGCUCAGUGAGCAGGAGCACCACACCAGGCAAGUCCAGUCCCCUGCUCAAUGGCCAGUCGCUGGGAUCAGCCUUACCGAGCUCUGCGCAGCCCAACAACUACCACAAGCUGAAGAAAGCCUGGUUAACUCGGCACUCCGAGGAGGACAGGAACACAGCUACUACUACAAGCUCCAGUAUGAAAGUGGAGAAGAGUCCCAGCACCACUACCACGAGCAACACAACAGCCAUGUCAGAAAUGAUCAAGCCCUGCACUGUCAAUCUCAGCGCCUCCACCUCCAACGAGGUCGAGAUGAGCAAAGACAUCGCGAGCAAAGCUGACAGAGACAGACAGCCUGAGGACAAGCUGGCCGGAGCUCCAGGAGGCGGCGAGGAGAGAAAAGUGGGGUCGAGGAGGGUGAACAAACGCACAUACGAGUCCGGUUCGGAGAGCGGGGGAGAUGAUUCUGACACCAGCGAGAGCAAGAUGGAGGGCCGAGCCAAGCGUCAGCCCAAACCGACCUACAAGAAGAAGCAGAACGACAUGGCCAAGAAGAAAGGAGACAACGACAGAGAGGAGGACGACGUGAAGCCCAAUGGCAUCUUCAGAUCAGCCCGAGAGAAGACUAAGCUCAAGCUGGCCAGCAGCAAUGGGAUCCCUCGCUCUGUGCUCAAGGACUGGAGGAAAGUGAAGAAGCUGAAGCAGACGGGAGAGUCCUUCCUGCAGGAUGAUUCGUGUUCAGAAAUUGGCCCCAACCUGCAGAAGUGUCGGGAGUGCAGGGUGGUCCGCAGCAAGAAAGGGGAGGAGCCCGCUCACUCGCCCGUCUUCUGUCGUUUCUACUAUUUCAGACGGCUUUCCUACAGCAAGAAUGGCGUCAUCCGGAUGGAUGGCUUCUCCACUCCAGACCAGUUCGAUGAUGAGGCCCUCAGCCUGUGGGUCCCGGGGCCGAUGGAGCAGAGCCACCUGGACCAAAGCACAGCCAAGUACAUCCUGAGCUUCAUAGGAGACAAGUUCUGUCAGAUGGUUGCGACAGAGAACACUGCAUCCAGCUGGAUUAAGAAGGAUGGUAAACUAGAUCAACAUGUCGCUGUUCUGCAGAAUGUUCUGAAUCACAGCAACAAGCUGUCCCUGGUGAAAGCUGAGCCAGGCUCUCUGCAGACCUCUGACCUCGGAGGAGUUAAGUCAGAAACGAACGGAGGAGGUGGUGGAGGAACCAGUCCAGGUAACGAUGGUGCAAAUGCUCCCAUCACCCCGCCAGAGUCCCAGUCGCCUCUGCACUUCCUGGCAGACUUGGCAGAGCGGAAAUCCAGGGAGGAAAAGAAAGAAAACAAAGAGUCGGUGGUGCUGGGUAAAUCUGUGAAGGAGGACAAAGAAGGGGACAGCCUGGAAGUCCUGCAGCAGUGUAAGACCCCCUCGCUGGGUAACAGUACAGAGCAGGGCUCCACACUCAGAGAUCUCCUCACCAGCACAGCAGGGAAGCUGAAGCUGGGCUCCACUGACGCAGGAAUCGCCUUUGCUCCUGUCUACUCUACUGCUUCACAGACUGGGAAGGGUGGGCGGAGCAUGCCCAAUAUCCUCGAUGACAUCAUUGCUUCGGUUGUAGAGAAUAAAAUCCCCGCCAGCCGCCAGAACAUCACCGCUAAGUUGUCAGCGAAGCAAGAGCCCAUCACCCUAAGUAUCAACAACAACGCCCCAGCUGAGGAAGCCAAAGCAGAGAAGAAAAAGGCAGCGCCUGUUACUGCAGCAGAAGCAGAGGACUCGAGCAGUCAGUAUCCAGACAUCCCUCACUGCUGGCUGAACAACAGACAGCUGCUGUGGCUCAGAGAUCACCGCAACCAGAACAACUGGAAGCUCUUCAGAGAGUGUUGGAAGCUCGGACAGCCGGUGCUGGUGUCUGGGAUCCAUAAGCGACUGAAUGCCAGUCUGUGGAAGGCCGACUCCUUCAACCAGGAGUUUGCAGACCAUCAGGGAGACCUCCUGAACUGUAAAGACCAGGUGCUGUCCAACUCUGGGAUCAAGGAGUUCUGGGAUGGAUUUGAAGACAUCACCAAGCGACCAAAGUCCAAAGAUGGCGAGCCCAUGGUUUACCGACUGAUGGACUGGCCAUCUGGAGAAGAGUUUAUGGCCCUCAUGCCUUCAAGAUAUGAUGACUUGAUGAAGAACCUGCCUCUGCCAGAGUACUCUGAUCCAGAGGGGAACCUCAACCUGGCUUCUCACCUGCCUUCAUUCUUUGUCAGGCCAGAUCUGGGGCCAAGGCUCUGCUGUGCCUAUGGUAAGAGGAGCCGUCAGGUCCAAAACCUCCACAGCUGUGUUCAAGUCAUCAAUGACUUCGUGUCUCCUGAGCACGUGGCUAACUCCUUCCACCUGACCCAGGAGCUGCGACCCAACAACGAGGAGGUCAACUAUGAAGACAAACUACAGGUGAAGAACAUCCUGUAUCAUUGCGUGAAGGAGGCGGCGAGUUCCCUUAAAAAGAGCGGCUCUGAGAAAGACGACGAGGAACACAACUCAUGAUGCCCUCUCAGCCUCGUUCAUGCCUUCCACAGAUGGCUGUGACUCCAUCAGCACCUCGCCCUUUCUACACCCUCCUCCUUCUGCCAUGGAGGGCUGUGUCACGUGACCACGAUAAAUGGCUGGCUCAAAGCUGGUCAUGUGAUCCAGAGGACCUCACAGUGUGACCCACAUUCAUGUCACACAUCCAGUGGCCAGUGAGAGGCACUGCCGCCCUUGUCAUCACCCCAAACCUUUAGUGCCAAGAGGAGCCAAAUUGAAGAGCAGCUGGGCUGAGAGGGCUGAAAGCCCCACAGGCUCCAAACACAAAGCGAGUGCUGGCUGGGAGCCUCACUAGAGCCAGUGUGAUGGAGUGAAUCAGCACUACAAACCUCCAAACUCGUAAAAUGCCGUUUCCACGGAGGCUCAGACUGUCCCGUAGCAGCACUGGUGCAGCCGCGCUCACUGCUUUGGAUGAUAAAGGCCAGGAACUUUAACCUAUGGCAGCAGCUAACACAGCUGAUGGCGUCAGCAUCAC